CAGUUUGGGGAGAAUUUUCAGCCGCGCUGGUCAGACAGACAGCAGACAGACAGACAGACAGACAGCAGACAGACAGACAGACACAGAGGUACGCGCUGUUUCGGCCUUUAUUCUGAUCGCAGCCUUAAUUGCUUACAGCCAUCGCGCUUUUUUGUUUUAUUAAUUUAUUUAUUUAUAUAGUUUAUUGUAGUGAUUUAGUCCGUCUGGAGCGCGCGCUUUUUACUCGUCUGGACGCCGUGCGCGCGCAACAGCUUUCUCUCCGGCGAGACAAGACGGUGUUGAUGCAGACGUCGCUUUUCUUUCUUUCUCUUUAUUUUAUAGAAUUUAUUUCUCUGCACGCGCUGCGCCCCUCCCCGUCUGCCGGUUUGGACUGUUCCGGGGUGUGUUUCUGCGUGAAAGUGUGUGUGAUGUUUUGGGAGCGAUAGAGGAUCACACAGACACAGACACACACACACACACACAUACGCGCGCGCGUGCGGGCAGGCAGACGCACGCAGACGCGUGUUUAUCGCUGUGAAUAAAGAAAAAAGAAAGAACAAAGAGGAAGAAAGAAGAGUUUUGGAUUAAAAGUGAUCGCGCGUGCAUGUGGAAUUUUACUACGAGAAGAGAAACAAUGCGUAGCGCGUGCUUUGUGCUUUUCACUCUCCUGGUGUCUGGGUUUGGUCAUGUGAUGGGACGGACGCUGAGGUACCGUGUGCAUGAGGAGCAGGAGGCAGGCACGGUGAUCGGGUCGCUGAAGGAGGAUGCCCGUGAUGCGCUGUCUCACCUGCCCAGCUCGGUGCCGUUACGUUUCCGGGCCGUUCAGCGUGGCGGUGCCAGCGCCUUAUCGGUACGUGAGCGUGACGGCGAGAUCAGUGUAAGAGGCCGACUGGAUCGUGAAAAGUUGUGCGACCGGAACCCGAACUGCUCAGUGGAGUUCGACGUGCUGACCCUGCCCACCGAGCACCUGCAGCUCUUCCACGUGCAGGUGGAGAUACUGGACGUGAACGACCAUGCGCCGCGCUUCCCACGUGCAGUCAUCCCUCUGGAGAUCUCGGAAACGGCCGCCGUGGGGACACGUGUCCCUCUGGACAGUGCAGCGGACCCGGAUGUCGGCGAGAACGCUCUGAGCACAUACACAUUGAGCGUGUCCGACACCUUUGGGAUCGACGUCCUUACUGGAACAAAUGGCGCCAAGUAUGCUGAGCUAGUGGUGCUAAAGGAACUCGAUCGGGAGACACGCUCCAGCUAUGAGCUACGACUUACAGCAUCAGAUUGUGGAUCACCUCCCAGAACUGGAACCACGCUUCUGAAGAUCAUAGUCGCCGAUUCCAACGACAACAACCCGAUCUUCGCAGAGCCGUCGUACACCAUCGAACUCCUGGAGGACGCGGCACCGGGAGUGUUGCUGGUGGACCUGAAUGCCACAGACGCAGACGAAGGCACAAACGCCAAGAUCGUCUACUCCUUCAGCAGCCACGUCUCUCCGAAAGUUGUAGAAACGUUCCGCAUCGACCCAGACACCGGUCACCUGACUCUGCUCAGGAAGGUGGACUUCGAGACAGACGAUUCGUACGACGUAGAUGUCCAGGCACAGGACUCGGGGCCAAACUCAAUGCCAGCACACUGCAAGAUCACAAUCAAGGUAAAGGACGUUAACGACAACAAGCCAGAAGUCAGUGUGAGCUUGAUGGGGAACGAUGAGGAAGCAGCGUCAGUCUCAGAGUUAGCGCCCAUGGACACAUUUGUAGCGCUCGUGCGAGUGGACGACGCAGACUCGGGUUUGAAUGGCGAGGUCGUGUGCCGGCUUGCUCGCGAAGGUCACUUCCGGCUUCAGAAGACACACGAGAAGAACUAUGUAAUCCUCACCAACGCCACUCUAGACCGAGAGACUCGCUCAGAGUACGGUCUCACCAUAAUCGCAGAGGACCGGGGAACUCCAAGCCUGUCCACUAUGAGACAUUUCACGGUGCGUGUGCAGGAUGAGAACGAUAAUGCGCCCCACUUCGAGAAGAACCGCUAUGACAUCUUUAAAGAUGAGAACAACUCCCCCGGUGCUUACCUCGCCACAGUGCAUGCCACCGACCCGGACCUAGCCGCUAAUGGUCACGUACGCUACUCUAUUAUGGAUGGCAUGGUGCACGGAAGCUCCAUUUCUACUUAUGUCACAGUAGAUCCCUCGAGCGGUGCCAUUUAUGCCUUACGCACUUUUGACUAUGAGGAGAUUAGCCAUAUUAGCUUCAUGGUUCAAGCACACGACUAUGGCAACCCACCGCUAAGCAGUAAUGUGACUGUUGUCUUGAACGUUUUAGAUGUGAAUGACAAUCGCCCGGUUAUUGUAGCGCCUCCACUUCGGAAUCACACCACUGAGUACCCCGUUUCCAAGUACUCCGACUACGGUGACCUCAUAACCACAAUCACGGCUACAGAUCGCGACUCGGGUGUCAAUGGCGACCUCUCGUGCACCAUCACCGCUGGAAACGAGGCCGGGUACUUUUACAUGGACAGCCGCACGUGUGAAAUCCGUGCUAACGUGAGCUUGCGCGACAUACCAACUGAUCACGUAGAGCUCAUGAUCCUGGUCCAAGAUCAUGGCAGUGAACCACUAGAAACCAGGGCUCUGCUCCACCUGGUGCUGCUUGAGAAUCCGGAGAACCUUGCUGACCCUCUCGCCACAGGGGGUUUGGGUAAAGAACAUGUUCUCGAUGCCUCCACCAUCAUUAUCAUCUCCUUAGGCGCCAUCUGCGGUCUGCUGAUCAUCAUCAUGGCGGUGUUAGCUUUGCGCUGCUCACGCGACAAGAACGACACGCGCUCGUACAACUGCCGAGUGGCAGAAUCAACCUAUCAGCAGCGGCCGAGAAAACCAUCGCGCCAAAUUCACAAGGGUGACAUCACGCUCGUACCCACGGUCAACGGCGCACUUCCUGUCCAUCAUCACUCACCUACCACCACGGGGCCAGUCCAUCACAGCCACCAAUCACUGAACAGCAUCGUCACUGUGACGUCCAAUCAGAUCCCAGAAAGCUUUGUCCUGGAGCUGACGCAUGCCACGCCCCCUGUGGAGCAAGUUUCACAGCUGCUCUCCCUACUCCAUCAGGGUCAGUAUCAGCCUCGGCCCAGCUUCAGAGGAAACAAACACUCUCGCAGCUACAGAUACACACUCCCAGACUUGGAUAAGUUCAGUCUGAAGGACAGUGGGCGGGGCGACAGCGACAGUGAUGGUGAGCUGGGUCGUGAUUCGCCAAUCGACCGGUUGCUAGGCGACGGAUUCAGCGAGCUCUUCCACAUCGACACACACAGCAGAGUCCACUCAGCGAUGAAGCUGUGUACGGAGGAGUGUCGGGUUCUCGGUCACUCGGAUCAGUGCUGGAUGCCGUCGUUCUCCUCGUUCUCUGCUGAAGACGAGCGCCGCAGUUUCUCCACCUUUGGGAAAGACGUUGAUGAGGAAGAGGAGGAUGAUGAUGGAGGGGAAAGGUCUCUGCUCUCUGACAUCAACUCCGUCUUCCAUCGACUCGCCCCUCCUUCUCAUGUCGAGCCUGGGGACCUGACUGAGGGUUCUGCCCCCUGCGGUGUGACCAACGAAAACAGGAAGUGCUUCUUGCCCGGAAACUCACACUUUCAGAAUCCAGCUAAUCACGCUUCAAAUUCAAAAUGGCUGCCAGCGAUGGAGGAGAUCCCGGAAAACUACGAGGAGGACGAGACGGAGAGCGCCAUGGGAUUCCGGAAACGAACCGAGGAUGAAUUCGCCGCUGAAAUCAACAAACUGCUGCUGGACGUCCAUCAGAGCUAAUGCUAACAUCAAACCAAACGCAGAACCGGACUGAAAACACCACCUCUCUCUCUCUCUCAUCUCUCUCUCUCUCUCCAUCACUCCAUCACUCUGCCUGAACUCCAAUCUUCUUUAUUAACUCUGCCCCUCGUUCACUUCCCCUGGAUCACUUCUCCUAGAUCGUGUUUGAUCCUCAGCAUCUUAAGGGCUGUGUAGCUGUUAGCUGGAGUGAAGUGCACUAGAUGAAGGGUGGAGUCCACACUGCAGUACACUUCAGGGUCAUGCUUAUUUAUUUACCCAGAAUGCACUACUGCACCAAGCUGUUAAACAGAAGCAAUAAAUGACUCUGAUAAUGUUAACGUUACGAAACUCCAACGCAACUUGGUGUGCUAGCUAGGUAGCAUGUUAGCUGAUUAGCACACUCGUUAGUGGACUGGUGUAGUGUAAUCACCUGGAGCGCACGGAGCGUGUGUGUUCCUGCUGAUGAUGUGCACUUAGGGGAAGUGGUCAGGGGCUCGGUGGAAAGGGAUUGGAGCGCAGCCGGCUGUCCGAGUGAAAUAAUCACGCAGAGAGACAGACAGACAGACAGACAGACAGACAGACAAAGACUGACCGCUGAAGCCUGUCCCACUCCUUGAUCAUGUGACUGUGUUUUAGUGAAUAAUGUGAUUUGGAACAAAGUGCAACUUCUCUCGUCUUUUUUAUUUUUAGUCUAUUCUUAAUUUUAUUCAUUUUUUUAUGACACCGUGAACACAAUGUGACUGUAAAUCGCCUUUAUAAUCCGACACUGUUGUUUUUUAACUCUAUAUUUAUAAGUGUGUGUGUGUGUGUGUGUGUUUGUACAGAAAAGUCUAUUUUUAUACCUUAAUGCAUGUAAAACUGAAAAGAAAUGCAAUUUUUGUUUAUGUACAAAUUAAUAAAAAAAUCCUGACUAGCCUUUUA